UCAGUUCCUGGCAGAGCACCAGGGAGGACUUCAGGUCUGCAGCUAUGGAGCCUCUCUCUUUCCAGAAGUACAUCUCCUCCCUGGAUCCUGCAUCGCUGCCCCGGGUGGUGAAGAUUUGCUCUGGAGUGUACUUUCAAGGGUCUGUGUACGAGAUGGCAGGCAGUGAAUGCUGCCUGUCAACAGGAGACCUGCUGAAAAUUGUUGCUGUUCAACUGCAGAGGGUCACCUGUGAAAAUGUGGAGACUGGGCAGUCCACAGAGCUGCCGCUGAACUUUACAGGUCGUUUCAAGCUCAGCCCAGACAAGCUGCCUUUUACAAGCCUGGAGGAGUUUGCCAAAACCAAACCACCUGGGCUCCAGGCUAUGCCAUGCUACUUCAUCUCUGCAGCUGACUUGAGCAUAGAUGGACAAAUCAUUCCAAAGGGCCAGUCUAUUUCCUUGGUAUCAGUGACUACCCAUGAGGGCAGAGAGUAUGCUUCCUGCAUAACCAGUGGGCCCAGUGGGCACCAUUCUUUCUGGUUGCCUUUCUCCUUUAGGGGCACAUUCUAUCCAUGCAGUGGGCAGCAGCACUACACAUUGAGUGAGGCAUUGCAAGCAAAAGAGCUGUGCGGCCAGCACCUGAAGUGCUCCAAACUUGGCACGCACACCUUCCUCCUUUGCCCAGAGUAUGAAGUGCAGGCAAUAAUGCACAUGCGGAAGGACGUGGUAAAAAUUCCCUCCUCCCUGGAAGUGGAUGUGGAGGAUGUCACAGAGGAGUCCCAGCACAUCCACUUUAUUAAGCCACUGAUGCUGAGUGAGGUGCUGAAGUUGCAGGACAUCUUUCCUGUGCAGGCUGAGAUUCUGGAUGGGCCUGAGUACCCCCCCAUCUUUGAGAAUGACUGGAUUGCCCGCUUGCACAAAGGACAAAAGAUCCAAAUUCACAAUAAGGUCUGUGCCUGGAGGAUUUUGGCAUCCUCCAGAAAGGGCUCCCGGCACUUCCUGCUCUCCAGCACCUACCAAGGCAGGUUCCGGAGACGUCCCAGGGAGUUCCCUACUGUCUAUGACUUGGCAAUGAGCCUGGGGUCAAGCAAGCGCCUGCGUGUAGUGGUUACGAGGGACUGUGAAAGCAACGAGGAGAACCUACCAUCACUCAGCAUAGGGGACCGACUGGAAGUGCUGCACCUGGUCAAGGCCAACAUGCAGAAUCAGGCACAGCACCAAGCCGCUGAUGUCCUUCUGUGCAGCCGGAGCUGUGGUGACGAAGACGAGGAUGAUGAAGAGAAUGAAGAGCUUUUGCUGCCAUUGUACCUGGAUGGCGGCUUUGUGGAAGAGAUGGGAGACAGCAAGAAGUAUACCCUUCCUGAGAUAGUAGAACAGUUUCAACUGCCCUGUGAAGUCCGGAUGACAGCCAAGGACUCCUCUCUUGCCCAUGACAUUCUGGGCUCCUACUCUAUGCUGCGGCUAGAAGCACAGAUCACCGAGACUUUCUUAGUGACCAGCUUAUGUGAGGAGCCGGAUGCAAGCUUUGAAAUCCCACCCCAGUGGGUGGACAUGUCCUUGUUCUUCACUGAAGAGCGUGUCCCAGUGCAAACCCACCUGACAGACAUGUCAAAGAUUGAAGUGCUGACUGAAUCCUUCUACUAUCAGUUGGUGAAGCUGUUGCCUGGCACUGCAGUUGCCCCACCACGGCCCCCCAAGAGGAGAGAGUGUAAGAACAAGACAGGCCCUCAGAAAACCAGAGAAGAAAGGGUCCCUGAGAAACCAAAGCAACCACCUCCUGGGUCCAAGCCAAAGUCUGCACCACAGGAGCCUCUGAACCUCAAGCCAAGCAAGAUGCAAAGUAACCCUAUUGCCAGGAGCACCCCAAAUGAGUAUGACACACAGCCCUGUUUGCAGAAGCCCCGCACGCCGAAAAGAUUCCUGAAAAAUGAUGGUGCAAAUUCCAGUGACAGUUCAGAGCACGACUAUGAAGUAAUUGAAAAGGAUGUUGAAAAAACAAUUCACAAAAUGGAGACAGCUCUUCAUUGGUAAAGGCCCAGCCUCCACGAAUGGGACAGGAAGCUUUCCUACUCAAAACUAGUUCCAGGUCUUAAAAUUAACUAGGGUUUUCAUUUGCAAAGUUUGACUGCAACCUUGAGAGUUCAAAGAGAGCUGCUGCAAUCUUUGAGAGAGAGACAAUUCCCGGUGCAGUGCAAGCAGCCUAUGCCUUCCGAAACCCAUCUUCUGUACUAAGCAGUCAUCUAUUCCAUUGUGCACUGAAUAAGCAGUGUCCCAAGAAGGACAACCUGGAAACCUCUGCUGUAGACUGGCUAGAAGGCUUAGAAGUCCAGUCUCCUCCACUGAUCCCUUAGCAGGCCCAACACAUCUGCUCUCAGGGUGGUCUCCCCUCAGGUGACUUCAGCAUCUCCAAACCUUGACAAGCUCUAUGCUCAUGCUGAGGAAAAUGCCCCGUUGUGCUGAGCAGGCAGACAUGAACAAAACACUGGUCAGGAGUAUCAGAGAGUAAUAUUGUGUUGGCCCAAGCAAGCACUGCUUUGAGACACUUUAGAAAUGACACAAGCCCAGAUACUCAGGAGAGCAUUACACACAGCUUUAUUAACUACCAGAUGAUUCACCAUCUUCAUCCUUGCUCUGGACUAUACACUUCUGAGACUUGCCACUGUUGCUAAUGGUCUUUUACAGUAUUUAUCCUCAAUCUGCAACCCCUUUAUAACAAGCUCCCAUUACCAAUAUGGAAAUACAUCCUUUUAACUGCAGGCAUUCAUCUACAAGUUAUGGGUCAGCAAUAAGUAGUCUGUAUGGAUAGCCAAGAGAGGCACUUCCUAAAGAAUCAACAUGAUGCUCUAUGUUUGUUCAUUAUUGUAGCAAUCACCUAUACAGGGCCUAAAUUUCUAAGCCUAAAGUUAAAUUAAUCAAUAAAGUCACUGCAUUUUGGA